GCGCGGUUGCGGCGAGAGCAAAUUAUGGGAGGACUUCCCAUUCGAUGCAGUUCGGAUGACUUUGCGCAACGAUGGCAGUGUCGGGGCAAAGCACGGAACAAGAGAACACGCAAACCUUUGCCAAUGAUGAAAACCAAAGAAGGAAGCGGACGCCUACCAAGCAGCCAAGCGCAACAGCAGCCCAAGCCACAACAAGCGCACAAUUCCCCUGUGCAAAACACACACACACAACAAGCACAACACACAACAAACACACGCAACACAAGAACGCCAGCUCUCCAACACACGACGCCAUGGCCAUGAGCACCCGCCAUGAGUGUGAGUGCGAGUGCGCUGCAGUACCACCCCAGCUCACGGCAAAUGCGAGCGUGUGGGCGCUCAUUGCGGAACAGCUCCUCGUGACUCAGAGGUCAGAGGAGGAGAAGAUCCUUGCUUCCUGCCUCAGCAUGGCUGAGAUGCGGAGUGCGCGGCGUGACGGCGUCCGGGCGUUUUGCAACCUGAUGAUGACCUGCCGCGAGCUGUACCUCGACCUGCCGUGGGCGAUGCCCAAGUGGUGCCUGUCAGACGUGCUGCUGACGGUGGAUGCGUACAGCGGGUACAUCUCACGGGCCGCACGCCAGCGCAUGCUCAUCGUAGACUGGAUGGACACGUCCCAGCCAGCCCUUGUCCGCGUGGAGGAAGAGGAGGACGAGGACGAGGAGGAGGACACGUCAGCCGGCACCUCAGCCACACCAACAUCCGAUACCAAGGACACCACCGCCGCCGCCACCACCCCUGCCCGCGAGGUGUGGCUGGAGAACCGCUUCCUCGCGUACGCCUGGCUUGGCGUCACGUGGGACAGUCGAUGCGCCUUCCUGCAGGCCAAGCUGGUGGCAACUCAGCGCACGGCAGGAGGCUUCUGGUCGACGUUUGCUCGGUGCGGACGCGUGCAUUUCACGGAGCUGUCCGCCCUGGACGCAUGGGCUGCUGCAACGCACGAUGAGCAGAUGGACGAGGUGGCAGUGGAGGAGGGGCAAGCAGCGGAGGGGAUGGAGGACACUCGCGAUAUGAACGCAGUUCCACUGGAACCACACCAGCAAGAGCAGCAGCAGGAUCAGCAGCACCAGCGGCGGCCACGAAGGCCGGCAGUGUUCUCGCUGGCGGCGACACUGCACAAUCAACAGGAGGCGGAUCAGUGGAGUGAGUUGCGCGACACGGCCCUGGCUGGUGCGCAGGGCAGCUGUGUGGACCUCACCGUGAUCGCUGGCCUGUCUUUGCUGGCCGCACGGGAUGUGAACAAGCUGGUUGUCUCCACGCUCAAGGCUGCCGUUGACCAAGUCUCGUUUGCGAAUGUGGCCCACGUCAGGUGGAAGACCCACAAGACGCAACGCAGCAUCCACGGCAAGCUUCGUGUCGUGGAGCGGCUUGUCCUUAGCAAUGCAGCAUCGGUCGAUGACAUCAGCUUGCUUGCAAGCAUCCCCGCCAUCACCUUGUCGUCGUACAACUGUCUUCAGCCUCUGGACCUUGCGUCACUGGCAGGCGUCAAGACCUUGUGUCUGAGUGGAGGGCGGUAUGUCAAUGAGCAGCAGGCGCUCGCAACAGCACAGCAGCUUGAUCUCUCGCGCGUUGCGCUCAGAUGUGGCACGCUGCAGGCUGCCCACGUCAAGCUGGGCCACCCCGAAACGACGCCAGAUGUGCUGCACCUCCCCAACGCCACCCACAUUGAGCUGGUGUCCACCUCCGGUGUGAAGCAGGUCACGUGCCCGCCCCGCAUUAACACGCUCGUCAUUGAGGAUCUCGCACACACAAUGCCAGUCAUCCCUGAGUUUGAGCACGCACAACAGGUGGACCUCAACCUGAAGACGCCGUUGACACGGGAGCAGCUCGCAGACCUAGGCCGGCGCGUCGACAGCCUCGUGCUUCGUGGCACGACAGUUGCGCACAUGGCUGAUCUGCAGGACAUCCCUGACAAUGUCCACGUGCAGCUGAUGAGCGUGUGUGUUGACGGGCCCGUGCCGACGUGCGUUGAUGCUUUGGAGGUGGACCUGGACGGGAUUGAUGGCUACCGCGGCGCUUGGAUGAGCAGUGCGCCGAGCUUGGUCUUGCCUGGCCGUCACCCACACCGGCCAGUGCAAGAUCUGCAUCUGUUGUCUGGGCGCAAGUUGCUGCGUGUGAGUGAGUGCGACCUUGCCGGUGAGCUCUCUCGCUGUGAUCAUCUCAUCCUCUCCUCGUGCUCAGGAUCCGUCUCGGUGUCACGCAUCGAGUCGCUGCUCAUCGAUGCAGCAGCACUGACAUUACCACGCGACGCAACAGUGGAUGGAAGUGGCGCUGGAAGCAACACCAUGACUCGUGCGCGCAAGCAGCUUGCAGUGACGGGCGUGCAUGACGUUGCACACUGCCGGUUGCAGCGCUGCAGCAUCGAGGCGUUCGAGGGGUGCAUCGAGCACGUGCAGCGGCUCAUCCUGUCGCGGUGCACCUUUGACAGCGUGGACGACCUCCCGCAUGUUGGAUCACUGGUGCUGCGGGAGUGCACGACGGAAGACAAGGCGUGGCGGUGGCCAGACGUCGUGAUGACUGGCCGCACACCAGCAGAGAUGGCGCACGUCCUCAUGCAGGGGAAGGAGAGAUGUGAGGUGCACAGCAGGAGGUGGUGAUGGAUGUGUGGGUGAGUGAGUGAGUGAUCGAGUCUGCGUGCGUGCGUCUCUCUGUCUCACUGACUCACUGACUCACCGACUCUCUGUCUCUCUCUCUGUCUCUCUCUCUGACUCUGUCUCUCUCUCUCUCUCUGUCUGUGCAAUUCUACAUCCCCUCAUUCCCGUGACGCA